CCGGAACCGCACUGUCACCGGAAUACACCUCUUUGUCGAGAUUUCUUGACCGCUUCGCUAGCCUCUCUUCUCUCCGCGCGAAGUCGAAGAGAAAAGAAUAAAAGAUUGGUCGAUGAUGCCAUGGAGAGCAGGCGGGCGAAGCCCUUCCAUUCCUCCCUCCUCAUCGGCUCAUCCGCCCCAACCAGCGGACGAGGAAGAGGAAGCCGCUUUCGCCACCUCCGAUCAGAGGACUCUCUACCUCGUCAAUAUUUUCAUUGGCAACACCGCACGCUUCCUCAACAACUUCGCCGACGUCUGUCAGGACAAGCUCGCCAACGUCCACAGUGUAAUGCAUGUUGGCGAUUGGACCUACGAGUUGCAAAGUGCCUGCAGCAAUGGAGAAUCUUGCGGUUAGAUGCAAGUCUUACUCUUUUAGAAGCAAAGUUAAGGAGCACAUGUCCCAAGCAAGAGUUUGAGGAUGACAGUGGCUUCAAAACCAUGGGUUCUAUUCUUUCUAACCUGUUGCCACUUGAUAAUUCAUUAUAUUCACCUCGUGUAUCCAGUGAAUCUUUAAGGGCUUCUACCGAUGUUCAGCAGAUAAGUUCAGCAUUAUCAUUCUCUGAAAGGUCCCAGAGCCAAACUUCAUCAGAGUAGUUAUAUUAGCGGUACUAUCAUGUCAAAUACUGCUAUUUUGGAGCGAAAAACAAUCCAUUUCUAAUAAGCUUGACGUGCUCUACAUGAACCAGCAUGGGCCCUAUUAGUUGGAGAUCGUCUCCAUGUUAUGCCAUUUUCAGUUCUCACAAAACUUGGUCUGCCAAACUUGAAAUUAUUGUUAGUAAAUAUUAGCAUUUUUGGCUGCCAGCUGGCUGGCUGGGUUGCUUGGUUUUCUUGUUAAUGAGUGAUACUACUGAGGAUUGAUUUGACUCAGGUCGAUGAGAUGGAGCUGAUGAUGGAAAGCUGAGGUUGGCGGCUCAGGACUCUAGAUGCUGAUUAGAGAGCUCAUUGCAGUUGGAGAGAAUCGGUUCUUCGCUCCAACCUCUAAAAAGGUCAUGAGGUGUAACAAAUUAGAGAAGUCUUUUUAUCAGGGAUUUUCUGGUGGAAGAUCUUCCAAAGCCUAAGUUAGUUUACCUCAUGAAAUAAAAAAAAUCUUUUUGAUUCUAAACCAGUUCCUAUAAUUUACAAAAUUCAAAUAAA